CGCACUUUGUGUACUUUUACUCUGAGGAGUUUCCCGUUCUUCCAAAGUUUUGUAGAUGUUUUCCUAACUUGUGCAUCAGCUGUGGUUAUGGACGUUGUGUUCGCGUGUAGUUGUUUGAAAACGACGUAGGCCUACGGAGUUUCUCGUUUUGUGUCAACAUUCAAUGACAUGUUCGCUGGAAAGACGCCUGGAAAAGUUGACGUUUCUCAGGAGAAGCUAAGGAAAAGUUUUUUAGUUUUUUUUAACAAUGCAGCCAGCUAGCUAGCGGCUCCCCUCGGCGGUAGCUACGAAUGCUUCGGGUACAUUUUAGCGCGGAGAGGGUCACGCUAUGGUUACUUUUCUGCAAUAUCCACGUUUCGUGUUUGUUUCCAUCGUCUGUGUGUUGCGGUGGCUGUCGCGACGUAACGCGACGUGAGACGCGGGGUGCCGGCGUGUGGGAGGACACGGCUGGACAUGAGUCCUCUCACAACUGUACCUCUGUGGACACGCCAGGGUACACACCAGGGUACACACCAGGGUACACACCAGCUCCUCUGUUAGAGAAACACGAGGGCCUUUGCACUGUCCAUUCAAUGCAACAUGAUGCAGAUGGGAAAUCAGCAGAGCCGACGUUGCUCGCGGUGGAUGAUGCGAUGGAAAACAGUGGGUCCAUGGUUUUCUAUAGAGGGAGCCUACUCUCUUCUUCAGCUCCUGCUGGUCCGUGGGGACACUCUUUUUACUCUUCAUUCUCCUACGUGUCCAACGUCUUCCACCUCAGGAGCAGGAACAGAAGAAGCACACUCACCAGAUUCGUCCCAGGCCACUCUCUUCCUCAAGUUCAGAGCGUGCCGCCUCCUUCUGCAUUCAGGGUAAAAUUUCAUAAGUGUGCACAGGUGAAGCUUGACACUGAUCCUCCUGAACUGACAUUUUUCCUGCUGAUUCACAACAUGGGACCUGUGGGGGGCACCAACCUGUCUCAGGUAGCUAUCCGGGACUCCAUUUCUGGAAUAGUACCUGUAAAAACUGAAGGCAGGGUGGUGGAACGAGGCUACCAGACUUUUUCAAUCGAUUCACUUUUGGCUGGAUCCCAGGUUGUUGUCAAUUUUACUGCUCACAUAAGGAGUCACAAGAGUGAAGUACUUGACCUUCCAGCCUUUCUCACAUUUUCUAAUGCCUCACAGAAUGAUGUCAGUAUGUUUGGCCCGUUAACAGCUAAUUUAACCCUGAGGGUGAAUUCCACUGACAGGAUUUAUCCUAACCACGGUGUCCAUGUGGCUGGGUUUGUGGCUGGUUUCUUUGUCACUUUGGUGCUGCUGUCUCUGGGGUUUCUGGCCUUGAAUCUGAUAGGCCCCAGAACUAGACUGAGCCGUCUUCAGCAAAGGAGAAACAGAGGAGAUUCAGACCCUGAGUAUGCAGACUGCAACCUGAGUGAGAAUGUCAAAGAUGAAGCAGCGUUUGAAGACAAGAUGGUGGACAUCAUGGUCCUGGAGGAUCCACAGAACAUGUAUCAAGCUUUGGAAAACCUUGAAAUGUCUACACUGCUGCACGCCACCAACAACCUGGAAUCCACCCGGAUUCAGAUCUACAAGGACGUGAUGUCCUCCCUGCUCGGCAGUUUGCGAUCACGGGGCCAGGCCAGCACCCAGGCCCAGCAGAGGCUGCUCAGCGUGCUCCACGGACAGCUGCUGGGCAUGGAGGGCCGUCUCAAGGAGGAGCGAGGGGCCCGCAUGGCUGCCCUGGCAGGUCAGUGCAACCUAGAAACCCGGGAAGAAAUGGAAGCCGAGCACCGCAGAGAGGCUGCUGAGAAGGCCGAGGCCGAGCUGCUGUGUCAGCAUGCAGACCAACAGGAGCUCCUUCAGUGUAGUGUCCUCCUGGAGAAGCUGCACAAGAUGAGCCAGAGUCGGCUUCAGCACAUCCUGUUGGUCCGACAUGAAGAAGCCUCUGCAAAGGUCCAGAGGCAGAUCAUCGAGUGGCGGCGGGUGGAGCUGCACAAGAUCUUCUCAGAGGAGCUGGAAGAGGCCACCAGGAUGGGAGAGUUGGAGAAAAGCACAGCGAAGAGUCUUCAGCAUGAUUACUUUGCUUGUCAGGAUCUGCUAGAGGAGGUGCUGGAUGUAGUCCUUGCUAAUCAGCGCUGUGUGCUAGCUGAACGCAGUGCGCAGAGGAAAUUCCUGGUGCACAGCCUCCACAGCCUCAACAGCCUGAUUUCCGACACAUUCUCCAGCACAUCAAACAAUCUGAACAACUGGUUCAGUGCCAUCAGGAGAGGGAGCUCUUUGCCUGCAGAACAGAUAGACCAGCUGCAGGAGAAGUCUCAGAAGGAGCUGGUGAUGGUGAGGCAGAGACUGGAUGAGGCACUGAACCAAGAGAGGAGAGCCAUGCGCUGUGGAUUGAUAAAGAAAAGGAGGGAUCUUAUCUCUGACAUGGUGAGGGUGCACAAACAACGGCAGAAGGAUCUAUCGGGCCUGUCUAAGGGUCUGGAGGAAAGGAUAGAAAUCGCACAGCAUCUGCACUGUUGGCAGAAUCUACUGACAGCUCACAGCUUGGAGUUAGCCGAGCUCAUCAACAACCUGGAUGAAGAGGCUGCUGCAGACAUCCGCAAGGUGACCAUGCGCGUGAUCCAGGGUGCCGUAGCAGAUGUCAAAGCCAUCCAGCCUUCUGCAACCCAGGCUGUGCUGACGCUCUUGCCCCCGGGGGCGCAACGCUCCCUGCUGCUGCAGGUGGAACCAGAGGCAGGUCCAGGACAGACUUCCAGUCAAGGAGUGGGCUCCGUCCUUCAGGGCCAGGAACGGCUGCACCAUGAGGGCAAGGCAGCAUUACGCACCCUCAGCUGUACUAGGGAGGCUCUGCAGGAAGCCAUGGAGAAAGAGCUUCAGGAGCAGAAGGAGCUCAGGGCGCACUGCAGAGAGUUCUUCAGGUGUUUGUGUUCGUCCCAGCUGACUCUGUCCGAAGAUGACAGGCUGAGGAUGAAACUGGAGUUUCAGAAGAGUCUGUCUGUGAUUGACCGCUGUCUGGUGCUGCCUCACGCCGUUUCCAGGUCCAAACUCCACACCGCCAUGGCGGCUUGGAAACAGGAGCGCGAGAAACAGAUGACAAAUACCGAAUCCAAGGGGAAAACCAGUGAAGUCCGACAGAAAACAGACGCACGUGACGCGCUGCUUUUCCAGAAAACCCUUGAGGACAGGAUUCAGCUGUUUGAGAAGGAGAAGGAGAUGGAGAGUGGAGUGAUGAGCAAGGUGUUGGAGGAGAUGCAGAGGGAGAGAGAGGAUGACAUGUGCGCACAGGCGGACGGCCUGGCAAUGCAGAUGGCCACCAUCCAUUAUCAGAAGGCUGAGAGACGGACAAAAGUUUUGGAGACCUCCAAAGCCAUGCUCACCCUGCACAACCUUCUCAUUCAACAACUCCGAGAGAGAAAGCGCCUGGAGAGAGACGACAUGGCUCAGAGUAUACAGAGCCACUGCUUGGGUCUCGAGGAAGCAGAGCAGCAGCUUCAGAAGGAGAGGACGGAGUUGGACAGCUUGCACGUGUCUCAGGCCGGUGCAGAAUCAAACAAAGCGCACCAGGAGGACUCUGAUGAGGGAGAGGAGGACGGCGACGAGGAAGAAGAUGUGUUUAAAGUGCAGCCGGACUGCAGGAUGACUUCCAUCCUCCAGGAGGCCCUUUACAAGUGUGACCAGGUCAUCGCUCUGAUGGCUCAGAGGUUUCAAGCGAUGACUGCCAACAACCAAGCCACGGAAGAUUUAAAAGAACAAAUGGAGCUCAAGAGACUUUAUGCAAACUGUGACCAGGACCUGGAGUUUGCAUCUCGGUUGGUGAAGCAGAGUGAGGUGUCUGCUGAGGUUCUCCUGGAGGCCCUGCGUCUCCUCCUUCCAACCCUGCCUGAAAGUGAGCUCCUUUCAAUCACGGACGCCCUCUGCCCCAAACAGCACCCUGUUUCAGCGUCUGCCGAGCAGGACCACUCUGGGUGUGCCGCAGAGUUGAAUAGGGCUCUUCCUGUCAAACUGAGGGAAGAGGUGGUGCAGAGAGCUAUGCUAAAUAUGCCGAGCUGGGCUGGGGAAAGAGAGAGACUCCAGGAAAAGAGGCAAAGCCUGUUGGAAAAGCUGCUUCCCAGAUCUCGCCUUCUGCUUCCAGGAGAUGCCGCGCUGCUGCAGCUGCUGCCGCCGCCGCCGCCGCCGGCUGAAGAGAAAGGAGAAAGUUUAACCAAAACACAGCUGCCUGUUCAUAAAUCGAACAUACCUGUUAAACAGCAGCAGCUUGACAGCGCAAAAGAACAAGCGGUGGACGCGGUAAAGGAAGCGCUACACGGCACAGUAGAGGAAUACGUGUGUGCCAACCCCGCAUCUGGAGAAAGGCUGUUUGUGUUUCGGGAUCCGCCGGAAUCGUGUGACAGCGUGGACGUCCCUAAAAGAAAAAAGAAAGGGAAUUUCCUCAACCUGAAGAAAAGUUCAGUGGCUCCAACAAACCUACCUUAACACUAAACUUAUUUCUUUUGCAAGUUUUUUUUUUUAUGAUGCUAUUUUAUAAUGAUAUAUGUCGAUUGUGAAAUAAACCAAUAGUUCUGCGAUGUAGCAAAAAUUCUCAAAGUACGUGUAGCAUCUGGCUUCGAUUGCGAGUAAAGGCAGCUGACUUCUUCUUCUUUCUUCUUCUUCUGCUAAUGUCUUCAUAGUCAGAUCAUAAAUAAAUGGUUCUGUCACAGGUUA